GCUUAUUCGUAGUCUCUCCAACAGUCCUCUCGCGACGCAUAAAUUUUAAUGGCGGCGCUCGCAAGGAUCGGUGGCCGGCACCUGAAAUCCGUCUGCUUAAUAAACUCCUCCGCCUCAUGUUUCUUCACACAACGCCGUGGUGUUGCUUCCAAGCUCUUUAUUGGUGGAUUAUCGUUUUGCACUACAGAGCAAGGAUUGUCUGAGGCAUUUUCCAAAUGUGGCCAAGUUGUUGAAGCACAAAUAGUUAUGGACAGAGUCUCUGACAGAUCAAAAGGUUUCGGUUUCGUGACAUUUGCUUCUGCUGACGAAGCUCAGAAAGCUUUGAUGGAGUUCAACGGACAGCAAUUAAACGGCCGGACGAUAUUUGUGGACUACGCAAAGGCGAAGCAGUCUCUUGGUGGUGGUGGUGGCUAUCCAAUAGCUAGAGGACCGCCUGAUCCAGCCGUAAUAGCUGCCACUAGAACAACCGAAACAUCGAAAAGCGACUAACAAAAUCGAAGAUAGCAAAUUGCUGGACACUGCUGUUGCUAUGUUUCUUGGAUUUUACUUGUGUGCAUGUGUAAGAGAUGAGCAAGCUUCGGUUAUUAGUUUCCUACUUGCUCUUUCUUCUUUAUUAUCUUAUGAAUCAUUCACUGAUUGCUUGGAACUAAAGAAUAACUAAAAACACUAACUUAUUAUUUCUCUAAAAAUAAAAAUUGAAAUAAGUGAGGUGGGAAAUGAUAAUCUUACAGCGAGCAGCAGAAAGGUACAUACGUGGUAUGAUAUGACUGGAUGUCAGUUACAAAUGGAGAAGUCCGUUCGAUUGAGUGAAUUUUGUGAGCUCCACGUCUACGGAUAAAGAUCCUGGCC